AUUUACUGAACAAUCCAUUUUUGUUUGCUUGUCCUGUUGUGAGAAGAAAAUGGCGUACAAGAUCUUACUCGCAUUGCUCACCCUCCAGGUGUUUACCCUCGCGGCUACUCAGCAGCUAAGCAGCAAGAAGAUCUCCGGCAAUGUGAAGGAUGAUAUUCUGAAUCCCGAUGUUAGUGUUUCGGAAGCGUAUAAAAUGUACAUGGAGGCGUACACUGAUCCAGAGGAUAAGCUGAUGUUAGCGUCGACUGACCCGAACUCUCAUAAGAGACAGAGGAAACUGCAGCAGCAAGUGUUUUCACGGAACCUUAACAAAUGUAAAUCUCACAACGAGAAGUUUAAGAAAGGAGAGACUUCCUACCAGUGUACAGUAAACUCCUUCAUUGUUAUGGACACCUCCACAAGGAAACAAUAUUUGGGAUUGAGUCAGAACAUGAGUCUGCUAGAGAACGGGAGGAACAGCCGACCAGCUGCUUUGCAGUCUUCUGGGUCACUGCAGGCUCUACCAAAUACAUUCGACUGGAACAAGAAAGGGUACGUAACACCAGUUAAGAACCAGGGAGGAUGUGGAAGUUGUUGGAGUUACGGUGCUAUUGGACCGAUAGAGUACGCCUACAAGGCAGCUACAGGAAAACUUCUCUCAUUUUCUGAACAAGAACUCCUCGACUGUACCUAUGAGCAUCUUGGAAGUGAUGAGGACGGCUGUGAAGGUUCCUGGUAUACCUCAGCCUGGGACUUUGUUAUAGAAAAGAACCAUCUCCCAUCUGAAGCUAACUACCCUUACAAGGAAAAGGAUGGGAAGUGUGUCCAUAAUUCUCAUUCUAAUGAUAUUGCUGGAAAAAUUCAAGUUACAGGUUACACCCAGUCCGCUAAGACAGAAACUGCAGUUUUGACUGAUCUGGUGAACAAGAUGCCGCUAGCUGUUGCCUUCACGGUUGAGGAUAAUUUCUACAGUGUUGGAGAGGGUAUAUACGACGGAUGUAAGAAACCUACUCACCCUAAUCAUGCUGUCAUUUUGACAGGAUAUGGUACAAACUUCUUCGAGAUUAAAAACAGUUGGGGUGCAGAUUGGGGAAUGAACGGGUUCGCUAGAUUCGAAAGAGGAAGAGAUAUUUGUGGGCUUCUGUCGUAUGCUUACUACAUCGAGUACAAAGACUUGGACGAAAACGAUGGAGGUAAAGAUGAAAGUGAAGAUGACGAAAAAGAUAAUGAAGGCGAGGAAAACGAAGAGGAGAAGGACGAGGAGGAAAAUGAGGAGGAAGAGAACAAUGAGGACGAAGAAGAAGAAGCAACCGAGGAGAAUAAGGAGGUGAAAGAAUGUAGAGAACCCAACGACAAACUAGGUUUGAACUACCGAGGUACCAUGAGAACGACAACCUCAGGAAAAUCCUGCCAAAACUGGGAGUCCCAGAGCCCCAACGAACACACCCGAACUCUAGAAAACUACCCAGGGACCGGGAUAAAGAACAACAACUACUGCCGGAACCCAGACCACGAAGGAGCAGGUCCGUGGUGCUAUAAUUCCGAGUCUACAGAGCCUAGGUGGGAAUACUGUGAUGUUCCGGUUUGUGGAGAAGAUGAAGAGGAGGAAAGUGGAACUGAGGGUGGAACUGAGUGGGCAACAGAGUGGGCAACAGAAGAUGAAGAGGAUUGUCUACCAGAAGACGAUCCAACAGGAUUAUACUACAGGGGUUCUAUCAGCAAGACUGAAUCAGGUCGGGAAUGUAAAAGCUGGAAUGAUAACAAGGGAGUUGACAAGAAUUACUGCCGACGACCAGAUGGGAACUCUGCGAUUAAGAAACCUUGGUGCUACACCAGAAAAGGGAGAAACCCACGAUGGGAGUACUGCGAUAUUCCUAACUGUGAGAAGAAAGAAGAAGACAGUUCUUGUACUGAUGAUCAUGAGUAUUGUGCUAAUUGGGCAUAUCUUGAUUUUUGUUCCGAACCGGGUUAUAAAGAGUUCAUGACCUCUACAUGCAGAAAGUCGUGUGAAGUGUGCGGAGGAGACGAAGAAGAGCUCAACUGCAUGGACUAUCAGGAAGACUGCCCUGCUUGGGCUCAAAAAGGUUUCUGUAAUUCUGGUAGCCUCCACAGUGACUACAUGGAGAUGUACUGUGAGAAGAGUUGUGGAAUGUGCGGCGAAGGAGGCACUGAAUAUAAAACAGAAUCAUACACCGAGUGGUGGGAGAGGAAGUCAGACAAAACCACUGAAACUGAAGCACCCUCGACCAAUUAUUCGGAUAAGAACACUGAUAAAACAACUGAAACUACAGCAUCCUCGACUGAAGCACCCGCAACAGAAGAGACCAAGGAGAAGACAGAAGCUCCAGAAGAAGAAGAAGAAGAAGAAGAUAGAGAUAAUGAAGAGUGUGGAGGUGGAUUAACAAGAUGUUCCGAUGGUGUUUGUAGACAAAGACACAUGUGCUAAAACAGAGAUUGAGUACAUAAUGAUAUAUCAAACACUGAUCAAUAAAUUACACAUCCAAAUUUAAUGCAGAAGCUUUUUAUGACCAGUAGUGUUAUUUUUAUCCCUGUCAUUGUAUUUGUUACAAUAUUACUUGAAAAUGUGAACAAUGAAUUGUUUAAAAACU